UAUCAAGCUCUACGGAACUCUAAUAAUGGACAGAUCAUUAAACAUGCUGUAACAAUCAAUUUAUCUCCAAGUGGUGAUAUGACCCUGACACCGUAUCAGGUCUCGCCUUGUUAUAUAAAAUCUACUGGAUCAUCUCGGUGGCAUCUUCUUAAAUUAGGUACAGCUGUACCUAUUAAACCAGGAGAUAUUUGUUCCUUGUUAUCAGAUAAAUGUUGGUUUAAAAUUAUGACAAUGUCUGAAACAGUAGAGAAAGAUAAUCAUCUAUUAAAAAGAAAGUGUACAGAUGACAUACCAUUCGAACCAAUGGAUAAAAAGAUAUGUUUCGAUACAUCUCCAAACUCUAUAGCUUCGCAUGGCGAUGGUUCUAGCGAAACUCAAGAUAAUAAAGAUUUUAAACCUAUAACAAUAGAGACGCCUAUCUUAAACAAAGGGAGCAAUAUUAUUGUGUCUACAUUUUCCAAGGAUAUGGAUGCUAGUUCAUCAGAGAAUAAUCAAACUAUUCUCAGUUCAAUAUCGAUGGCAGAGAAUCCAGAUUUACCUAAAGAAUCUACACUUGAUAAAGAAAAUUCAAAUAUUCAGAAAGAGGAAUCGAAGAAAGUUGAAGCAAAUGUUAAACAGGACCAUGUUAUGCAUUCUAGUGAUCGCGAUGAGUCACAUACUUUAGCACAACAGGAUAUGCAUUCUUCGCCAAUACUCGAACAAAAUAAAGCAAGUGUAUCGAGUGCUGAGCAAGUAGAAACGAAAAGAAAUAAAUGUGUUUACAAGGAUAAAUGUUACAGAAAGAAUCCACAUCACAAAGUUCAGUUCAGUCAUCCAGGUGAUCCAGAUUUUGAAGAAGUCGAUGAACGCCCUGAAUGUCCUUAUGGUAUAAAUUGCUAUCGCAAAAAUCUACAACACAAAGCUCAAUUUAAACAUUCCACUAUGCGAAAACGUCGAGCGCCAACCCCUGUACGAUCACCAAGAUGUGACAAUGAAUCUGUAGUGGAAGCAUCGUCAGAAGAUGAAUCUGUUGAUGAAUCUGAAUACGAACCAUCCGAUUUCAGUUCGGAUGAUACCAACACUGACAUAGAAAAUUUAGAAAGUGAUGUGGAUAAUGUAGAAAGUGACUGGAAUGAAAGUAACAGUGAUAUCGAAGAUUCUAAAUCUUGAACUGGUUAAGAUAAUAAAGGAAAUGGUGAAACAUUGACUUUAUACAUAGUGUACAGACAAAUUAUUUAUUUAUGUAAUAAUAAUUACCAUAUAUUAGUUCAGUUUGAAAGAAUAUUACAUCAAAUUUAUCUGUGAUAAUUAUAAUCAUUAGAAAUUUGGUAUUUAAUAAGAUAUUAAAUUGUCAUUAGUUAGAUCUAUGAAGAAUAACAGAGAAAUAUUUUUAUUUGGUGAAUCGUUUUUAUUUGUUUAAAUUGAAAAAAUUAACAUUGUCA